CCCUCUCCCAGCGUCAACCCCAAAAAGCCAUCUUCGUCGCCCGCCAUCGCCAUCACAAUCUUACCACCCAUAUCUCAUCACGCACUGUCAGCGGCCUCUGUUCGCUGAAUUGUCUUUUCUAUUUAAGAAUCGAUCCCCUUCGUUUCCUCAGCAGCGUACUGCGGUCUGCUUUGAGACAUUCUCCCGUUCAGCCUCUUGACAAUGAUGCCCUACAGUAAGUUGCAGCCCUCUCCCUUCCGCUCCUUCCUGCCAGCUCCGCCAUUCGCGCCUUCAAUCUCGCAAAGCCAGUGGAAUAUCUCGUCAGCAUCACAAGCUCUAAGCGAUUGAGUACACCCUGAACACGCGUAAACUGUGCCGCCCAUUACCGAUGCACAAUGCCUCCGAAACGACGCUUCGGCGAUGCUGACCUUCUGUCCGAUACAGCUGCACCCCCGUCGCUACCUCCCUCAGUGGAGGAGGCUUACCGAAGAAAAUGUGUGCAAUUGAAGCAUCGCACACUUGAAGUGGAGGAAUCCAACGACGCCGCCAGACUGCGCCUGGCUCGAAUUAAGCGCCAAGUCGAAAAAUUAAGAAUAGAGAGAGCGUUCCUCCUUGAACAGCUAGCGAAACGAACCAGUACCAACGUUGAGGACUCCGAGGGCAGCCCUAGUCCGCCACCAACCCCACAAAUCCAGGACAAGCCAUUGCGAACGAAACGAGGAGGAUAUAGAAAGGCUUCAGGCGGCGCUGACGCAGAUACCAAGGCCGAUGGUGACGCUGAAGGCUCCAACGCUCCAACUACGGAUAAGUCAGUAGCAGUAAACGGCGACAGCAAGGACAAGCCGGCUCCCAAAACAGCCCAAGAGCUAUACGGCGAUGAACAGCGUCCUGUUCUCGAAGCCAAAAAUAAGGACGGUGAUGUAGAUAUUGAAGAGGAGCUGACAAAGGGAUGGGAAGGUCUCUCGGAAGAGGACAAGAAGCGCUUCCAGAUAAUGGCAGACGAGCAGGCCGCCAAAGCGGAAGAGGCCAAGAAAGAGGACGAGGCCAAGGCGGUCGCGGACGCCGAAAAGAAGGAGUCUGCUAAGACGGAAGCAGAGAAGCCGAGCACCCAGGAUGAGGAUGUGGAGAUGGCAAACUACGAUACCGAAGACCAGGACACUCAGAUGGACAAGGACGGUGACGAGUAAUAUGAAUAUUGGCCAGUUUGAAGUACAGAUAGGAUAUGCCGUUGGGUUUGGCGUUGAGAUGACUUGAUUUUUUAAGGGAUAUAUGUAAUGGUGGCUUGGCUUCUUGCUGAGCUUUCAUCACCAAUUCAAAAUUGUUUUUAUCACAUAUGCGUUGAUACUCAAAGGCCAU